AUUAUCGCAUUUGAAUAUGAAAAGAUGAGAGAGAGGAGAACAGACGAGAACCCUGCCCUUUACCCUUUCGAUUUCCACGUAUAAACUCCUAAAAGCGUUUUACAGAGAGAGAGAGAAGCCUUUUAGAGAGAGAGAAGGGUUGGUAAUGUUUGUAGUGGCGGUGGCUGGCUACUAUAGUAUUACCUGUCACAGAUGCUUCUUCACAUUAUCUUCAGUAGUGUUUGGAUGAAGAAGUUGCAGAGAGAUCCUUGAGAGAGAAAGUUAGAGAGGGAGAGAAAUGGCGGGAUCGAACAGGUCAUGGAGAGAGGAGCUCGCUAGUCUCGUUGAAGACACAGGAAUCAGGUUAACAACGGGAGAUAGAGCAGAGGCUUUUGGUGGAGGGUUUGAGGGGGAUUCGACGGUGGAGAGAGCGGGGGAGGAAGAGAGCCUUUGGGAGCAGGCAAAAGGGUUUUUGAAUGCAUCAAUGGAGAUGAUGCAGGAAUUGGGGAGUGGUUGUGUUGAUAUAAUGAAGCAGAAUGUAGUGAAGGAGGACUCUUUCAUUGUGCAGAAGCUUGGGGAACCAUGGGCCAAGGCUACCAGGAAGCUCGGUUUCCUCAAUGAAUUCUUGCCUGAGGAUCGGGACCCUGCUCAUGCUUGGCCGAUUGUUCUCUUUGUCUUCUUCAUUGCCCUUGCAGUGUUGACCAACAGUUCUCAACAGAAUGUUUCACUUCCACCCCCACCCAUUAAAGUUCACAUUCAGGUAUGCCAUAUACGUACUGCUAACCGGUUUCAACUUCCGGAUGGAAGACAUAUAGCAUAUCAGGAGCACGGCAUUCCAGCUGACAAGGCUCGUUACUCCCUCGUUGCUGCACAUUCAUUUCUUUCCUCUCGUUUAGCAGGAGGACUUCCAGGCAUUCAAACAUCACUACUAGAGGAAUUUGGUGUGCGUCUUGUAACAUAUGAUCUCCCUGGUUUUGGUGAGAGUGACCCUCAUCCUGACAGGAACCUAAAUUCCUCUGCACUUGACAUGUUGUACAUAGCUGAUGCUUUGGGCUUCAGUGACAAAUUUUGGGUUAUGGGUUAUUCGGGAGGUGGUAUACAUGCGUGGGCUGCACUCCGCUACAUUCCUGAAAGACUUGCAGGUGCUGCUCUGUUUGCUCCAUUUGUUAACCCAUACGAUUCAAACUUGAGCAAGGAGGAGGCUAACAAAAUUUGGGAGAAGUGGACAUUUGGAAGGAAAUUUCGUUUGUUUCUUGCUCGGAGGUUUCCUUCGCUGCUGCCGUACUUUUAUCACCGAAGCUUCCUUUCAGGCAAACCUGGUCAAGUCGAUAAGUGGUUAUCUUUGUCACUGGGAGAAAAGGAUAGGGCUUUGCUCGAGGAGCCAAUGUUUAUUGAUUUCUUGAGGGGAGACAUGGAAGAGUCUACACGAUUGGGGAACCCCUCACCAUUUGUCGAAGAAGCUGUGCUGCAGGUCUCAAGCUGGGGAUUCAGCCUUACAGACCUGCAAGUACAGAAGAAACAAAUGGCAAAGGGCUUCUUUGCCUGGUUGAAGUCCAUAUAUAGUCAAGCUGACUGGGAGUGGGUGGGCUUCCUCGGCCCGAUACAUAUUUGGCAGGGGAUGGAUGAUCGGGUAGUUCCUCCAUUGAUGACUGAGUUUGCAAGGAGGGUGCUGCCAGGUGCUACAGUACAUAAGCUGCCUGGUGAAGGCCACUUCUCUUAUUUCUGUUUCUGCAAUGAGUGCCAUAGGCACAUCUUCUCUACCCUUUUUGGCAAUCCACAAGGUCCCCUUGACAGGACUAAAGAGAAUGAAUCAUCAUCUCAGGACUUGCUUGAGGAUAUUACUGGUAUUGGAGUGAAUGAGGCCACAAUUAAUUGAGUAGUUUGGGUUACUUUUUCUCUUUCUCUUCUUCAAUUAGAAAAAUGUAAAUAUUGAGAUCUAUGGUUUUGAGUGCUAGCAUGCGCAUUCACGUGCAUAUUAUGCGUGUGCCUGCUUUUUGCAGAAAAAAAAUGCAAAAAGCUCUGAGGUUGCUGUCUUCUUUUAUGUUAAGAAGGUGGUCGCUGUCUUCUCGCUGUCUUUGGCUUGAAAAUAAGGGGAUACGAAGAGAAAAGAUAUAAAAAAGGAAAAAAUAUUUGGUGUAUUUUGCUAAUGAAGCUCUAAUUGAUUUC